AAAAAAAAAAUGAAAUUGAGGGAGGGGAGGUGAAGACAGAGGACGGGACAGGACAAGCAAGCGCAAGCCACAGAAGAGAGAACAUCAAAGCGAAGCCCCAAAAAAGACAUAAAUCUCUCAUGUGGGUCGUGUCCUCUCAAACUUAUCUUCUUCUUCUUCUUCUCCGGUGGUAAUUAAUGUCGGACGCAGUGGACAAGUUGGUGGUGUUCUUGGCGAAGAGAGAUGGAAUAGACAAGCUUGUGAAGACAUUUCAGUACGUCUCCAAACUCCUUUGCUGGCGCCUCCAAUCCAAGCAGCCCCAUCUCUCUCUCCGUUUCAAGCACUGGGAAGUCGCCUCUGGCCUCAGCCGCAAAGCCUUCAGGACCGGGAGAUUUCUCACAGGGCUCAACGCACUGAGACGCAGCCCAGGUGCAACGCCUUUGUUUCGUUUCCUCUCCGUCCUCGCCAACUCCGGCGAGAUGGUUUACUUCUUCUUCGACCAUUUCCUCUGGCUAUCAAGAAUCGGCAUUUUGGAUUCAUCCCUCUCCAAGAAGAUGAGUUUCAUCUCCGCUUUCGGUGAAUCCUUCGGCUACGUUUUCUUCAUCUUCAUAGACUGCAUCGUCAUCAGGCAGAGACUCCAAUCCGCCAAGAAGCUCCCGCCUUCGGACAAGACCUUGUCCGAACAAGAGAAAGCUAGCGAGAUCAAGGGUGACAUAGUGAUGAGAUUGAUGGGAAUAUCGGCGAAUAUCGCUGAUCUGAUCAUUGCAUUGGCCGAGAUUGAACCUAAUCCGUUUUGUUGCCAUGCGGUAACGCUCGGCAUAAGCGGUUUGGUCUCCGCUUGGGCUGGUUGGUAUAGGAAUUGGCCAUCGUAGAAUGACGAACAAGGUCAAGGGAUGUGUCUUUGGUUGUUUGGGAUAAUACAAUACAUUGGAAGUUGGAACUCGCUUGAGUAUA